CAUGCAAGCAUUUCCACCACAAUCCACACUGCUGACUCCCUGCGCCCCUCUUCCUCCCCAAAUCAUCGCUUCCCGCGACCGACUCCAUCCGCAACGGGUCGCAAGCGACGCGACGCUUCGCAGGUUUGCUUCGUGCAUUCCAGUCAUAUCGCGAGAAAAAAAAAAUUUGCGCGCUGCGAUUUGAUUAGGAAAACGAGAGCGAAAUUGAAAACCAAAACGGGAAGGCAAAAUGUCAGGAUUGGACGUGGAGGCCCUCCUCGACUCGACUGCCUCCUCCAAGGAGCAGGGCAGCAAGGCAACCGCUAAUGGCGACUCGCCCCAGAACGGAAGCCGCAGCGAGCAUGAUCGCGACCGCGACCGUGACCGUGACCGCGAUCGUGAGCGCGAUAGAGACCGCGGCCGUGAUCGUAGCCGGGACCGCAGCCGGGGUAGCGACCGAGACCGCGGCCAUCGGCGCCGAGAUCGCAGCAGCGGCCGCCACCGCAACUCGUCGAGCGGCAGGGACACGCCCCGAAGCGAUGCCGGGAGCUACAAGAGUAGGCGGCGGAGCCGGAGCCGUGAUUCUGGCCGACACUCACGUCGUUACAGAACCGACGGGGACUACUACCGCAGCAGCAACCGCGGCCGCGGAGGCCGCUCGCGCUCCCGCUCGCCCACCCGCCACUACCGACCCUAUGGAGAUGAUCGCCGCGACCGCGACGAUCGUAGCUAUCGCCGCCGCGAUGACGACCGCCGCGGCGGCAGACACAGCACCCCACGUGAGCCCUCGCCGACCGGGGACGAGCGCGAUCGCCGCACCGUCUUCGUUCAGCAGCUGGCCGCUCGCCUGCGCACCCGCGAGCUGAAGGAGUUCUUUGAAAAGGUUGGGCCCGUGGCUGAGGCCCAGAUCGUGAAGGACCGUGUUAGCAACCGAUCCAAAGGUGUCGGCUACGUCGAGUUCAAGAAUGAAGAAUCCGUUGCCGCCGCCCUCCAGCUCACUGGCCAGAAACUGCUAGGUAUCCCCGUGAUCGUCCAGCCCACCGAGGCUGAGAAGAACCGCCAGGUGCGCAACACGGAAUCGUCCGGCCACCCCAACUCGGUCCCCUUCCACCGGCUGUACGUGGGCAACAUCCACUUCAGCAUCACCGAGACAGACCUCCAGAACGUCUUCGAGCCCUUCGGCGAGCUCGAGUUCGUGCAGUUGCAGAAAGAUGAUAGCGGCCGUAGCCGAGGCUACGGGUUUGUCCAGUUCCGCGAUGCUGGCCAGGCCCGCGAGGCUCUCGAGAAGAUGAACGGUUUCGACCUUGCCGGUCGUCCGAUCCGUGUUGGUCUUGGAAACGAUAAGUUUACCCCAGAGUCAACUGCCAAUCUGCUGCGGGGAUUCCAAGGCCAGAAUCAACAGUACCAGGGUUCCGCCUUCUCCGGCGCCGGCGGCAGGGGACCUCAGGUGUCCAACUUCGACCGCGCCGGCGGCCGAGACAGCGACAAGGGCACCGGUGCCAGCGCCCUGGAUGACACCGACGUUGCCGGGGUCAACUUUAACAAUUACAGCCGUGACGCCCUCAUGCGGAAGCUGGCAAGAACUGACGAGCCAACCAACGGCCAACCUGAGCGACAGAUCCUCAAGCCCAAGACGGAGACGAAGCCGAUGCCUGUUAAUGUCAGCAUGGCGAGCCGCUGCGUGGUCCUCCACAACAUGUUCGACCCUGCUGAGCAAGAGGGCGAAGACUGGGCCAAGGAGCUCGAAGAGGAGGUCCGGCAAGAGGCCGAGGAGAAGUACGGCCACGUCGUGCAUAUUGCGGUCGAUACCAACUCCCAGGGCGACAUCUAUCUCAAGUUCGACAAGGUCCAGGGUGGAGAGAACGCCAUCAAGGGCCUCAACGGCCGCUACUUCGACGGCCGCAUGAUCUCUGCUGCUCCCGUCGUGGACGCGGUCUACAGCAGUUUGUUCUCUCGCACUAAGGCCAUCUAAGACGCUAAUCACGGCACCUUGCUUGUCUGCAUAGGAAUUCUGCAUGGCUUCCGCAUUGCUGUGUAGGGCGAUCUUCACCCGCCAAUUUCCCGGUCUUACGUCCGCGACUGUCGAUGUUGAGUACUGUAUUGUCGGAUCAAUUCCUCCCGAAAACAGGUUCACGAGCGUCCCGACAUCCCCAGCGCAAGAAUGCCGUUUUUCACCACCGCCAGUCUGGUGGCUCUUUCUCGGGACCUUACCGUCA